UUAGGUCAAUGACCUUACAUACCCUCACAUUUCCAUCCAAAAUGGCGGCGAUUCUGGUGUCCUCCAAGUUCGUCUGUAGUUUCGGGCCGAAAUUUAAGAUCAGAGACGUCGCACAGAGAAGCCAGCGCUUCAGUUCCUUAGCAGGAUGGAGGGGCACCUUUCUGGAACGCAAAACUGUCCAGGUUUUUAGAGCACAGCACCAGCAUCAUGGCAAGUCAUCAGGAUGGAGAUUUUCCCCCACAUGGAAGUCUACAACACCACACCUGCCCAGGGCACAGCAGGCUGCAAACGGAGCAGGCAUGCUGGGAAAGCGAAUGACAACACAGGCAACAUCAAAAGUGCAGAAACCCACCAAGCUACCCAAAAGGGACUGUUCAGUACACGGGAGUGGGGGGGACUCCUCUAUACCCAUCGGUGUGAAGGGGGUCCCUGAGGACAGGGUCGCUGGUAUGCAGAUAGUCAGGAACAUGCUGAGAUACGUGUGGCCCAAGGGCAAGACGGACAUCAAGACGAGGGUCGUGGUGGCACUGGGACUUCUUAUAGGAGCCAAGCUGCUGAAUGUCCAAGUUCCCUUCAUCUUUAAGUACGCUGUCGACUACCUCAACCAGCCGGCUCUGUUCAACCUGGACAACCCUGCCAACACCAUCAUCACAUUCGCUACAGCACUGGUCAUCGGAUAUGGAGUGGCCAGAGCGGGAGCGGCAGGAUUUAACGAGCUGAGAAACGCGAUUUUUGCGAAGGUGGCGCAGAGCUCCAUCCGCCGCGUCGCCAGGAACGUCUUCCUGCACCUCCAUAACCUGGACCUCAGCUUCCACCUCUCCAGGCAGACAGGUGCACUUUCCAAGGCAAUCGACAGGGGGACUCGAGGAAUCAACUUUGUGUUGUCUGCUCUGGUGUUUAAUGUAGUGCCAACCAUCCUGGAAGUUUCACUCGUUACCGGCAUUUUGUGGUACAAGUGUGGUGUACAGUUUGCUGUGGUGACGCUGGGCUGCAUCGGCGGGUACGCUGCCUUCACCCUAGGCAUCACCGCCUGGAGGACGAAAUUCCGUGUGCAGAUGAACCGAGCGGACAACCAAGCCGGCAACAUGGCCAUCGACUCUCUCAUCAACUAUGAAACUGUUAAGUACUUCAACAAUGAGACAUUCGAGGCUGACCGCUAUGACAAGCUGCUGGCUCAGUACGAGGUGGCCUCCCUGAAGACCAGCACGAGUCUCGCCCUCCUCAACUUCGGACAGAACGCCAUCUUCAGCACGGCGCUGGCCGCAAUCAUGGUGCUGGCCAGCAAGGGCAUCAUGGCAGGCACCAUGACAGUAGGAGACCUAGUGAUGGUGAACGGCCUGCUGUUCCAGCUGUCUCUGCCGCUCAACUUCCUGGGUUCUGUGUACAGGGAGGUUCGGCAGUCUCUCAUUGACAUGCAGACCAUGUUCAGUCUCCUCAGUCUGGAUACAAAUAUCAAGUCUAAGCUCCAGGCCCCAGCCCUGCAGCUAUCCCCUACAGAAGCCACCAUCAGGUUCGAGGACGUUUUCUUCGAGUACCAGAAAGGUCAGGAGAUCCUGAAGGGCCUGAGUUUCGAGGUUCCCACGGGGAAGAAGAUCGCCAUUGUUGGAGGAAGCGGAUCAGGGAAGUCUACCAUCGUGAGACUACUGUACAGGUUCUACGACCCAAUGGGAGGUCGGAUCACGGUGGGGGGUCAGGACAUCCGGGACAUCACAGUGGACAGUCUGAGGAGACACAUUGGUGUGGUGCCACAGGACUGUGUGCUGUUCCACAACACCAUCUUCUACAACCUGCAGUAUGGAAACUUCCAGGCCUCCACAGACGAGGUGUUAAAAUCAGCUGAGAUGGCAGAACUGCACAGCAGCAUCGUGAGGAUGCCCCAGGGUUACGACACACAGGUGGGGGAGAGGGGCCUCAAGCUAUCAGGAGGAGAGAAGCAGCGUGUGGCGAUCGCCAGGACGAUAUUGAAGGAUCCACCAAUCAUCGUGUAUGACGAGGCAACGUCCUCGCUAGACUCUAUCACAGAACAGGCCAUCAUGAAUGCUCUACAGAGUGUGACGAAGGGUAGAACGUCCAUCUUCAUCGCACAUCGCCUGUCUACGGUGGUGGACGCAGACGAAAUCCUCGUACUGAACAACGGGAGGGUGGUGGAACAGGGUCCCCACCAGGAACUGUUGAACAAAGAGGGCGGGUUGUACGCUAACCUGUGGAUUAGUCAACAUCAAAGGGCGCUGGAAGAUAAGAACAACAACAGUGGACAGAAAGGUGCGGAGGAAUCCAAUGGAAAUGGACAAGUGGACAGAGUCGAGCAGAAAGUUUGAGGAAAGGCACGGAUGUACACUCAAGUUGAAGUUGUACAAUCAUAUCUCUGUUAUUACUUUAUCAAUUUCAUAUUUGUAGUACACAUUAUGUCAUUGGAAAGCUUAUCUAUUGCCCUUUACAGUGAUACUAGUACUUGUUUUAUAACGACCAUACAUUCAAGGGUUGAGCACCAGGGCUACUUUUCUUA